UACACUGGUAGACUGGUGGAGACCAUUCAGCCUUGUAGUUAGUCCUUUUAGUACUAUGAGUGCUUUCUUUUCUAGUUUGCAUUUCUCUUUCUUCAUUCUCUAACCAACUGCUUUCCUUCGUUUGAGUAUACACAAUGCAGCUUUUCAGUCUUUUCAGCUUCUUCACCCUCCCUCUGGCUCUGGUUUCUGCCUUGAGAAUCCCAUCCAGCAGCUUCAACAAGCGUGGUGCCGAACAAAAUGCCACUCUUUACGCAUACGGCACCAAUGCCUCCUCUUGGCCUAUUGCUUACGGCUUGAACGAUGGCCUCCUCUACAUAACCCAAACCCCCGACGACAACACCGCCAACCUCACCCCGGUGAGCUGGAACCUCCCCUCCAUCACCGACGAAAACUGGAUCGUGAAUGGCUCCUUCGUCAACGGCACCUCGGCCGGCUCUCUGUACAUUAAGCCCGAAGACAACUACUGCCUGGGUCUGCUGCCCAUGGCGCGUGCGUCACAGCUGAACGGGACAGUGUCGGGCUUUGCGCUGUUUGCGUCGCAGCUGGUGUUUAAUAAUAAUACGGAUUUGGAGGCGCAGUUUUGGGCGCAGAGUACCGGGACCGAGGGGAUUUAUUCGUUGAUUUGGAAUAUUGGGGGGAAUGUGGCGAGUGGGAGUUUUCCGGUUGUUGUUAAGGCUUCUGAGGAUUAGAUUUUCGCUUAUUGUCGGUUGGGAGAUGGAUGGUGUUUAGGAUGGACUGUUGACGUUGAAAGAGAAUUCAUAUCCCUACUUAGCGUACCAUGGUAUUGUAUACUACUUGAGGACCACCAAACCUCAAGAGUAUUUUAUCGGUAUUCAAUGGCUAACACUUAUACUACUAUGAAAAUACAUCGAUGUCCAAGCCGGCUACUCAUAGCUAGCGAGUCCG